GUCAAUGCCGGAAGAAUCAUCCACCACUAGCCGCCAUGGAAAUACUUUGUACUAAUUACAACCUAGAAAGUAAAAACCUCUCCUUCGCCAGCCAUUCACAAUUCCACAGAACCUCCCCCUCCCCAAACCAAUAUUUCCAUGGCUACCCAGAUCCUCUCCUUCCUCUUCCUCUUCGCCGUCGCCUUCCUCCUUUCAAUCAGUCCACCAUCCUCAGCCCAACAACAAGCCCCAUCUCUGACUUUCUCAUCCUUCAAAUCGUCGGACUCCCCAUGGAGCCCAGGCCAGAACCGAAUCCUUGUCUCUCCCAACUCCGUCUUCGCCGCCGGAUUCCAGCUACUACCCAGCUCCAAAACGCACUACAACUUCUCAGUUUGGUACCGCAACGUCUCCGGAAGUCCCAUCGUCUGGUCAACCAAUAAGGCCUCUGCGGUCAACGGCUCCGCAUCGCUUGUCAUCACCACCUCUGGACAGCUCCGUCUCAACGACUUCUCGGGCCGGAACUUGUGGCCGUGGGAUGCCUCAGGCCCAAACUCCAGUCUCAUCCUAAGCAAUGAGGGUAAUCUUUCUUUCGCAAGCUGGCAGAGUUUCAAAUUCCCAACAGAUACCAUUUUGCCGAGCCAGAUUAUAACUAAUACCACAUUAGUUUCCAAGAAUGGUAAGUAUAGCUUCGCAAACUCCUCGAAGUUGCUUUUCAAUAACACCGAUAGUUAUUGGGAAGCCGCAAAUGGAAGCCCUUUCCAAAUGCUCCAGAAUGACGGGAGAAUGGUCCAGAAUGUAGGGUCUUUCAUUCCUGCGGAUUUCGGUUCUACAGAUUUGCGAAGAUUGACGCUUGACGACGAUGGUAAUCUCGGAAUUUACAGUUAUGAUCCAGAUCAAAAAGCGUGGGUCGUUGUUUGGAAAGCAAUGCAAGAAAUGUGCAGAGUUUAUGGCACGUGUGGGCCUAAUGCUAUAUGCAUGAGUGAUGGCUCGAAUUCUAGUACCAAUUGUGCAUGUCCGCCAGGGUUUCGGCAGCGUUCCGGUGGAGAACAAGAAGGAUGCGACAUCAAAAUUCCGAUCAACAACCCGGCAAAGACCAAGUUCCUUCAGCUUGAUUAUGUCAAUUAUACCAGCGGGGCGAACAAUACGAAUCAGACUACUGCUAGGAAUCUGGCGGAGUGUCAAGCUAACUGCUAUAAAGAAGCCAAAUGUCUUGGGUUUGGAUUCAAGUAUGACGGAAAAGGUUAUUGCAAUCUUCAACUCGAACGGCUGCUAUACGGGUACUGGUCGCCGGGUACCGAGGCCGUCAUGUAUUUGCGCGUUGACAGUUCGGAGACAGACAUAUCAAACUUCCGCGGCAUGACCAAGUUGCUGGAAACGACAUGCCCGGUCAAUAUAAGCCUCCCUCUACCGCCCGAAGAAUCCAGCACCACCGCGAGAAAUAUAGCGAUAAUCUGUACCCUCUUUGCUGCAGAGCUGCUCUCCGGGGUGUUUUUCUUCUGGCGUUUUCUGAAGAAGUACAUCAAGUACAGGGACAUGGCUCAGACCUUGGGCCUCGAGUUCCUUCCGGCAGGUGGACCCAAGCGGUUCACAUACGCCGAGCUCAAGGCAGCCACUAAAGACUUCUCCAACCUGAUAGGCAAAGGUGGAUUCGGAGAUGUUUAUAAAGGAGAGCUCCCCGAUCACCGCGUCGUCGCGGUGAAGUGUUUGAAACAUGUUGCCGGCGGCGACGCCGAGUUCUGGGCAGAGGUCACAAUUAUUGCCCGGAUGCACCACCUCAACUUGGUUAGAUUGUGGGGGUUUUGUGCGGAGAAGGGUAAGAGAAUCCUCGUCUACGAGUAUGUCCCCAAUGGCUCCCUCGACAAGUACAUCUUUCAUUCUGCUCGGGCAAAUUCCAGAGAAGAUGGGGAGCUGGAAAUGGGUCCUCUUUCUGAAAACGGCCUGAACCCGAUACUGGAUUGGGGCGUUCGAUACCGGAUUGCGCUCGGCGUGGCUAGAGCGAUAGCGUAUUUGCACGAAGAGUGUUUGGAGUGGGUUUUGCAUUGUGACAUUAAGCCAGAGAAUAUACUCUUGGGGGAUGAUUUCUGCCCCAAGAUAUCCGACUUUGGGUUGGCAAAGCUGAAGAAAAAGGAGGAUAUGGUGAGCAUGUCACGGAUGCGGGGGACAAGAGGGUACAUGGCGCCGGAAUGGGUUAGAUCAGACCCGAUUACUGCAAAGGCCGACGUGUACAGCUUCGGGAUGGUGCUGCUGGAAAUAGUGACAGGCACAAGGAAUUUUGAGAUGCAAGGGUCCGUGAAGCACAGCGAGGAUUGGUAUUUCCCGGGGUGGGCAUUCGAUAAAGUAUACAAGGAGAUAAAGGUGGAGGACAUCCUGGAUCGUCGAAUCAAACAUAGUUAUGAUAAUCGAGCCCAUUUUCAUUUGGUGGAUCGGAUGGUGAAGACGGCGAUGUGGUGCCUUCAAGAUCGACCGGAGAAGAGGCCGCCGAUGGGGAAGCUGGCUAAGAUGUUGGAAGGUACGGUGGAGAUCACAGAACCAGGAAAGCCCACCAUUUUCUUUCUUGGGGAUGAAUAAAGUUUCUCCCUUUUGUUUCCGGCCUCGCGCCUUUUCAGCAUUUGUGUAAAUUAGCUUGAUGUUGUAAAACCGCUUUGGUAAAAUGCUAAAAUGUCAGAGUGGAACUUCAAACUUUAUCUUA